AGAUUGGGAUUGUCGUUUGGGGCCGUGGCGGUUUGUAACGCUACACGGCAGUAAGGAGUCAAUAAGUCCAUACAGUUUGACAAUUGGGGUAAUAAUCGAGUCUGCCUAAACUAGCGUGAAUGGGACAUGCCUUUUGCAGCCCUGCAGCUUAGGGCGCCUGUUAUCCAUGCUGCACAAUUCAACAAACGGAUAAUCAGGUGCUGCAAUACUUGCUUCGCGAGGAGUGGCCUCAAAAUGGCCUGUCGCGCCGCAGGCCCCGCACUGUUGACGCUCCACUACCUGCUCAUGGCCGGAGCCAUCUUCGGUUGCGGUGUGCGCGGCCUGCCGGCCUACUACCAGGCCGUGGUCGGGGUGCUGCUGGCGGCCUCGUGCGGCCUGCUGUGGGCCACGCACCUGGUGGACCCGGGCAUACUGCCGCGCAGCAGCAGCAGGGACCCGGUGGUGGUGGCGCUGGACAGUGGCGAGGGCAAUGUGCCCAACCGGUCCAGGUACACACGCGCAGUCACUGGCGUGUGGGUGCGCACGAUGAAGAUGUCGGAGUGGCGGGUGGAGCGGCAUCACCUACUGCACCCGACGCAGGUGGGCUGCUUCGGAGCCGACCCCACAGACGACACCUACACGGCAGUAGCAACAGCAGCAGCAACAGCAGCAACAGCAGCAGCAGCAGCAACAACAGCUGGAGACCAUUAUACGGAGGCAGCCAGUUGCGGCGGCAGCCCCAGUGGCGGCGGCGCUGUGGCGCUUGUGGGCGCCGGCAGUCUUGGCACAGCAGCCACAAAGGGCGGCCUGCCGCCAGCAUCAACAUCAGCAUCCGCGGGAGCAGCAGUAGCCAUGGGGGCUACUGCCGGGGCUGGCCACACCACAGGCGGCGACCAGGCAUUCCACGCGGGGCUCGCCGUCGGGAUCGGUCGCGGCACUGUUGGAGCAGGCGGAGGAGUCGGUGGGCCCUCGCCCUCGCCCGCGCCGAUGUCGCCGAGCCUGCCCGGGUACGUGCCACUGGCGCCGUCACCAACAGCGUUAGCAGCAGCAGCAGCAGCGGCGGCGGGCAUGCACCCGAGCCCGAGCAGCGGCAGUAGCGGCGCCGGCCUGGCGGCAUAUAAGGCCAUACCCGGCGACGGCAGCGAUGCAGCUGCCGCCGCCGCCGCGGCAUCAGCGACGGCAGUAGCACCUACAGCUGCAGCAGCUACAGCCCUGGAGAUGGAGCCGCUGGUCGUGCACAAGUACUGCAUCACGUGCCACAUCUGGCGGCCGGAGCGCGCGCACCACUGCGGCGUGUGUGGCGCCUGCAUGGCGCACUUUGACCACCACUGCGGGGUGGUGGGCAACUGCGUGGCGCACCUCAACCACAGGUUCUUCGCCACCUUCAUGCUGCUGGCACAGAUUGUGGCGCUGCUGACCGUCGGCGGAUGUGCCUGGCGCCUGAAGAACGAUGGCUUCCCCGGUGCCCGCUCCUGGUCUGACGUGGAGACGUACCUGCUGCUGCUACUGGCGGCGGUGGCGGCCUACCACGUGUUCAUGCUGGGCUUCGGAGCCAUGCACUGCGUCUUCCUCAUGUGCGACAUGACCACCAAAGAGAUGAUCAACGGCUUCGCCAUCUUCCGCCGCAACCUGCCCUGCCUGCCCGGAGGCAGCCGCAGCCCGGCCCGCCUGGCGCGCGCCUGGCGCCAGAUGCUGCUGGGGCCGGUGCGGCUGCGGCCGCGCGCGUUCGCCGCCAUCCUGGACGGCAUCUGCGGCCACGACCACGACCAGGACCCAGGGGGCACCAGCGGCUUUGGGCGGGACGCGGACGCCUGGGCGGCGCAGCACCCGGCCGCGUUCCCUGCUUUCGCGGCGCAGACGCAGGCUCAAUCAGCUCAAGCACAGAGCUUGGCGCUGGAAGGAGCGGGAGCGGGAGUAGGGUUUCCCGGGAUGAGCGUGCCUGGUGUGCACCGGGCGCAGAGCCAGUCGUCGGCGUCGGCGUCGGCGGCGAUGCCGAUGCCGAUGCAGCCGUCGGCAUUGGAGCCGGGUAGCGUGGCGGCGCCGGUGGCGGGAGCAGCAGGCGUGACGGAUUUGCAAUCAGUAGGCGUUGGAGCAUAUGGGUAUGCGUACACGGCGACGGGCGGGGAAACGUCGAGUGGGGACAGCGGGACGCGAUUGAUUGGGGGUGCCGUGGUCUGAUGCAGGUUUGUUACGGCGUGUGUCUGGCGAGGGUAGUGAGAUUUGAAAGAAGUUGUGUGGGUGGGUGGGGGUGGGGGGCUGUAAUCACCAGCCCAAACUAAACCAAAAUCGACUAAAGGGUUGGGGGUGGGAAUGUGUGUGGGUGCGGCUUAUGAGGAAGGGCAAGGACGAACGGGCGAUGAAUGUUGUGGGCGUACGCAACUGUGUGCUGAGCUGCGUGGGUGUUGUAGUUACUAGUGGGUUACCCCCGCACGCGGUGAAGCCAGACGACGCCUCGAGUGGAACAGUAAAUGCGUUAAGGCUUCGUGAUGACGUCGGGUGAUACGGGUAGGGUCAUAGAUGGCAUGUUGCAUGCGGAAUGGUCCUUUGGAAGGGCCCGAAGGUAAAGCGCUUUGGGCGGGUUGGCGACCAGGACCUUGGAAAUGUCACGGGGCAUUCGUAUUCGUAAGUGGCCGCGUUGCAAGUUCGCACUUGCAGCUGUGGCAUGUUGUACAUGUGGUAUGGACCCAGUUCAUUCCAAGUUUACGGCUCGGCGAGGCAAGCUGAACAACGGUUUCUGGCCGUGCCAUUUUUUUG